UCCCUCCCCUGCCCUUCCCCGGAGGGAACGGGCCCUUGACCCAUCAGAUCCAUUCUCAUUUGCUCAUUUUCGAAUUGAAUCCUAAGUAGAGAGAUUGACUAUUGAGAGAACAGAAGCUGAGAGUGAGAGAGACCUCGAAGGUCUGAGAGGGAGAGGACGCUGAGGAAGCUUUUGAGGAAGGUCUAGGCGUCGUGGGAGCUGGUUUUCGAACCAAAGAUUUAAUUGGCAGCCCAGCUUGCCAAGAAGAAAGCCAGAGCAAGGUACCAACAUAGGAAAACAAGAGAAAGAGAUGGAAGAUUCUUCCUCGCAAUCCUUUUUCAAGAAGCACUGGGAAGGCUUUACGGGAUUCUGGUCAGAAAGGUUCUCAUUUCUUGACAACUAUACCAGGUUCAAGAAUCUCCCCUCUUGGUCUAGCUCUGAUGUUGAGGAGUUCAUUGCUUCUAACCCUGUCCAUGGACCUGUACUGAAAACUACAAGAGAAGCAGUGAACUAUGGUCUCACAGGAAGUAUCAUUGGAGCAGUAUCUACUGCAGGCUUUGCUUACAAAUAUUCCAAGAGUUUGCAUGGUGCCGGGCUGUCUUUUGUUGCCGGGGGCGUGUUUGGAUGGACAUUUGGCCAUGAAAUUGCAAAUCACACACUUCAACUUUACAGGUUGGAUACCACGGCUGCACAAGUUAAGUUCAUGGAAUGGUGGGAAAAGAAAUGUCAAGGACGAUCUUAAAGUCCCCUAUCCUACUGUGAACGUUUACAGCCUUUUCAAUUAUAUAACUCUCCAGUACUUGCUUGUGUGAUGGUUCAAUGAAUAAGCAGUACCUUGUCUUGAAUCUUGAUGUAUGGUAGCAUACUUUUAGAUUAAUUCCAGGCAUUAUAGCCCUUUUGAGUGUGGAAUAAGCUGGAUUAUUUACUGCAAUGUUUUUCCUCAGUGCAUAAAUCUUGUUCUCAUUUAA